AUUGAACCCACAAUCAUAUGUUAAUGUCAGAACAAACUUAUAUUUAACCGGAUGAGUUUAGUUCAUACUUGAUCUGAUAUAGGAGGUGUGUGGACAGAAAACAAAUUAUGUCGCAGAAACGUGAUAUUUUAGACGUAAUGAAUUUGACGCUGAAGGAUGGAGUAAAAGCUAACGGCCAUACAGGAACCUUUAAAGUCAAAGCAGGCCUGGCUCAAAUGACAAAAGGUGGGAUAAUCAUGGAUGUCACAACACCAGAGGAAGCAAGGAUUGCAGAAGAAGCCGGAGCAUGCGCUGUCAUGGCAUUAGAGAGAGUUCCUGCAGAUAUACGGCGAGAAGGCGGAGUUGCGAGAAUGACGGACCCAAAGAAAAUCAAAGGAAUAAUGGCAGCUGUAACGAUACCAGUAAUGGCCAAGUGUAGAAUAGGACAUUUUGCUGAAGGACAGAUCUUAGAGGCUUUAGGUGUUGAUAUGAUUGAUGAGUCAGAAGUUUUGACACCAGCCGACGAGGAAAAUCACGUGAACAAACACGAUUUUAAAGUGCCAUUCGUUUGUGGGGCCAGAGAUUUAGGCGAAGCUUUAAGAAGAAUAUCGGAAGGUGCAGCAAUGAUCCGAACGAAAGGUGAAGCUGGUACUGGAGACGUUUCUGAAGCAGUGAGGCACGCAAGGACAAUUCGAAAACAAAUAAAAAUUGCCCAGGCAAUGGACUCAACAGAACUAUACACCUAUGCCAAAGAACUCCGCGUCCCAGUUGAUUUAUUACAAAAGACAUCUGAGCUUGGACGAUUGCCAGUUGUUAACUUUGCUGCUGGUGGAUUAGCAACUCCCGCUGAUGUCUCUUUACUGAUGCAAUUAGGAGUAGAUGGUGUAUUUGUUGGAUCUGGUAUUUUCAAAAGUUCUAAUCCUCCAGAGCGAGCAGUUGCCAUGGCACAAGCCGUUACUCAUUACAAAGACCCUAAAAUAUUAUCAGAGCUAAGUUCCGACCUGGGUUCCGCCAUGUUUGGUGUACCGGUAAACCAAAGAAGCAAAUUUUUGUCUUACUCAAAGCAGAACAGUGACACAAACAAUAUUUGGGAUGCUACUUUAGGUGAUCCUGCCAAAUUUCCUGUAAAUAAGGCCCAAUGAUAAAGUUGUCGGAAAUUGUUCAGUUUACAUUUUAACUAAUCAUUGCAUAUGCAUUAAAAUCAUGUUAAAAA